CGCGUUGUUCCCGCCCGUUCCCUCUGCGGCGGAAGUGACGCAGUGGAGCGGCAGUGCGGUGAUGACAUCUCGGCGGAGCUAGAGGGAGAUUGAGUGGCAGCUGGGCGAUGUGAGAGGCCGCCGGGUCGGGGGACGGAGGGGUACCCGGGUCACUGACUGACUCGCUCCUCAAGCCGGUUAAUGCCAGUUUUUGCUGCUGUUUGGAAAACUGACAAGAUAUCUUUCAACUGGUGCUCCAUGAUUUGAACGCUGGUGUGUUCUCAACUUGACAUGAAGAUGGAGGCAGUUGGAAAGAGUGAACCGCUGUUGGAAUCUGAAGUGCCUCCUGUGACCCAACAGUCAGUGGACUCUACCCCUGAUGAGGGAGCACUGGACCUACAAGCUUCCCUGAAGGACAAUGCACAGGAUGUCCCUGACUCUUCCGGACUUUCCUCAAUGCCGUGCCUGCUGAUGGAGCUGAGAAGAGACUCUUCAGAGUCUCAACUAGCAUCUACUGAAAGCGACAAGCCAACAGCGGGCCGGGUAUAUGAGAGCGACUCCUCCAACCACUGCAUGUUGUCCCCUUCUUCCAGCGGACAUUUGGCCGACUCGGACACCCUGUCUUCAGCUGAAGAGGCUGAGCCUCGGCGUCCAGAAGCAAUAACCGAAGGCUGUGACGCUGCUUCCCAAGGAGCCGCGGUGGCUCGCAAGUCACGGAGGUCUCGCUCCGAGAGCGAGACAUCAACCAUGGCUGCAAAGAAAAACCGCCAGUCCAGUGAUAAGCAAAAUGGCAGAGUCACCAAGGUAAAAGGUCACAGAAGCCAAAAGCACAAAGAGAGGAUUAGGCUAUUAAGGCAGAAAAGGGAGGCAGCCGCACGCAAAAAGUACAACUUGUUGCAGGACAGUAGCACCAGUGAUAGCGACUUGACCUGCGACUCCAGUACAAGCUCGUCGGAUGAUGAUGAAGAGGUUUCAGGAAGCAGCAAGACAAUCACUGCAGAGAUACCAGCUGGCUUCAGUCGUGCCGGGGGAUCUUCAGGAGCAUCAAGGGAUCUUCCAAGAUUGCUGGAAAGGGGCACCGUAUGGGAUAGAAACUGCAUAGGCAAUGUCCUGGAAGAAGCCAUGAACUGUUUUGCUGAGAUGCAGAGACAGACGGAGGAGAAAUUUCGCAUGUGGAUAGAGAAACUAACUCGACUAGACACAGACGAGGAAGGCAAACAGCUAGACCCCAGGGAACCUAAGCUUCACCUCGCUGGGCAGAGUUUUACACCAAGCAGUUCUUCUAGCACCUUUGUGGCUGCUCAAGAUAGUCCCACCAUACCCCAGCAGGGUCUUGGCUCAUACGUCGGCUACCAGAAUGUUGACUCGCUAGAAUUUCAGGAGUCUGCAUUAAACAAUAACAACAACUUCCCUGAAGCCUUUCCGGAGAAUGGGAACAUAGCUGAUCCGGAUAUUAACCAGUCUUAAUUACAGUACAGCUUCACUGGUCUUUGCUUUUCCCACUUGAAUUGCACCAACCCAGUGCUCUUCCAGUCCUAUGUUCUAGAAGGGGUGGCUAAACACUUCAAGGUCCCUUACCAAAGCUUGUCUACAUGCAUAUCUUCAGAUAAUGCCCAGAAAUACUGUACAAUUGUCUGCUGCAAGUGCAUGCCUUAGAGUCUGAAAGGGCCGUAUACAUAGGUAGAUGAUCGGUGAUAUGUACUGUUAUACAAGACUGAAUCUAAUACUGCAGAUGUAAUAUUUUGAAAGUGCGCAAAAAUAUAAUAUAAUCCAGCCCUAUUAUGGGUCACAGGACUAAUCCCUAUGAAGUAUUAAUGCUCUGUAUGCAAAGUAGAUCUCCAUUAGACUCAGGAAUUUCUGAUACAAGUCUAUGCAUUGCUCCUUGUGUUUUCAGAAAUUCUUAUUGACUCUAUAAUUUGCCUGAAUAAGCUGGUCACCUGAAAAUCUGAAGGAGUGAAGGGGAAAUGGGGGGUGUUUUUUUUUUCUAACUGAAAAUCUUUAUUUUUUAUUUAAAAAAAAAAAAUCUUUCAAAUGUAUGAACAAUUGUUUGCAUAUUCACAACUUGCCACUGUGUGUUCAGCUCCAGGCAAGAGUAUCAGCUAUACAGAGUUUGAUUUUUAGCUUUAUUUUGAAUGACCUGAAGCGUAAGAGAGAGCAGAUUACAUGGAGAUCUGAAUAACCUAAUCUCCCCCUUCCACUAGGGGCGCUAGACCCUGAGAUUAAUCAAUUAUAGGCAGAGAUUAGACCAUGAAUUGGUUAUGCCAGUUCUCCAACUGUAAUGCAUUUGGUGCUAGGGGUCCUUAUUAAAAUUAUUUUAAAUUUGAGUUUACCCUCUGUUACAAAUUGAUGUGUAAAUUAGGUACAGUAUUAAAUCCAAUCAGUUUGGGUAAACAUGAAUAUUUGUCCAAAAAACAUUUAUGCCUUAAAUACCUUUGUCACUGGUAGAAGAUCACAAUUCCAAUAUGAUUUUUAUUUUAUUUUUUUAAAGCCCAUAAACUCCACCCUGUUAUCCUUUUAUCAGCAGUAAAGUUUAUGGGCUGUUUUCUGAACGCCCUAAAAUCGCUUUCAGGAGUCGUUUUUCUGACCACAAAAACCACCAAACGCUCAUAAACGUUGAUAAACACUUAAACAUGGCUCGUACAAGUGUUUUGAUACGUUUAAGGCUUGGUUCAUACUAGCCACUGGUCACAGCAGGGGUCCAGUGCGUCCCUGUACACCGUUUUCAGGUUCAAUUCCAGUCCCAAUUUUGGGCUAAAUUCACACCUGAAUUGAAGCUGAAGACACACGGGACCCUUUUUCAGUGUGUUCCGCAACCGCCCCGGAGAUGUGUGAAUCGGCUCCAUUGAGAGCCGGUCACAGUCUCCUGUCAUGCGAAUUGGAUGCAGGGAAAGAUGCAUCCAAUUUGCAUCAGUAUGAACCCAGCCUAAAAGUUUACCUAAACCUUUUUGAAAUUAUACUUUUAUUUUUCUGUAUGAAACAAACUUAAAUUUUUAACUUUUUUUAGCCAUUUUAAAAAGGCAGUGAAAAUGGUGUGCACCCAUCUAACUUUUCCUUUUUAAAUAAAGGUUACAAGGGGAAGGAUGGGAAAGGGCAGACCCUACAUAUUUUUGUUGAAUAUUAAAACAUUUUUUUUUUUUUUUUUUUUUUUUAUGAUUUUACUAUAUCAGCUUAAACAGGUUUGUUUGAAGCAAGUUGUGGGGCAUUGGUUUUCGUAUAAGCUAGUGUGACUCCAGAUCUGAGGAACUAUGGUGAAAUCUCAUUCCCUUUCAUCAGGUUCCUAUAAAUUUCACCCAGCGUUUUCUUCGAGUCCCAUUGAUAUAAAAAAAAAACCUUGAGUCAAGCCUGUUCGCUCUGUCCAAAAAUGUAAUCUCUAGAUUGUGUCCCCCCCCCCCCCCCCAAUUAAGAAAAUAAAAAUAUCACCUUAAAAGUUUCCUAUACAUUGAGCAUAAGUGUUUUGGUAUAAAGAAAUACAAGAGUAAAUGACGAAUUUGCAUAUUAAAAUCAUGAUCCGUAUUUUUUUAGUGGGUUUUACCAAAGUAGACCCUGCCACCUACCACAAUAUCCUAAAUAUGUGCUGAAAUGUACCAAUUCUUUAGUCAGAAUGUUAGCGUUUGUAGGUACUUCUUAACAUGUUUUUACCAUGCAUACUCAAGGGGCAAAAUGUUGUACAUCAAUAAUUUUCUGCAUAAUCACUAAUAUUGCCCCCCCGGUAGAUAAGACAAUGUUCCCCCAUCCUUCCUUCCCUCUUUCAUAGAUUCAAAAAUGCACAUUUGCAUGAUGUAAAUGUGGAUCUAUGUACAGCAAUCUUUCAUCAGAUGGUGACCAGUGAUUUUUAGGUUUUCAGGCCUUAUAAGCACUCCAUAAAUAAGUAUAAAAUGUUAAGUGACCUGAGGCAUUGUUUUUGUUUUUUCUUUUCCUGUUUUUCAUGGAAUACACUGGGAAUAACUUUUUUAAAGUCUAGUUGAUUUUUGUAUUAUGUUUAGAUUGGUAGAAUUUUUAACAUAUGUUACAUUAAUAAUUGAAACAUUGGGCAAGUUUUCUUUAAGUAUGCAUUUCUUUUAAUUUCUCAUUUUAAGAACAUUUAAUCUCAACCCCUGAAAGUGUAAUAACUAGUAUUCUAUGUUUUUUCCCAGCUGUUCUGGGGUGUUCAUCAGUUUUUCAGUGCCCGGAACCAUGUUUUUUUAAUAUGUUUUAACUUUUUUAAUUUUGUGUUUUUAAGAAAAAUGAAACCCUAAGUUGUGAAAGGAAUCUGUGAGGAUGGAAAUAUAAAAGUUGCUGACUGACUUUAAAGGUGAAGGCCCUGUACCUCUUACCUUGUUCCUUAAGUAGGAAGUCUCUGAUCUGGAACAAGCAUUCAUAGCAGGAACUCUGUUUUCAGACCUUUCCUACAAGCUUGUUUCAAGUCGGAUGUGUCAUUGAAAAACUGAGCUGGGUCUAGAGAGAUUGAGGUUUUCAGAUCCGAUUUGCUUUUUAGUGAAGCGAGGACCAAGAUGGCAGCCUAUGUGUCAAGGCCAUUUGAAAUGAGUCAAUAGAGACAGGGCACCCAUCUAUGAAGCUGUGUGUGAAAUCAUUGCGUUAUUUAAAGAAACAGCUGACUGAGGUUUGUGGUCAGUCUUGGAUCACAUGACCAGACAUCGACCCCCAAAGUUUCUACCAUAGAGACUUGGGAAGCUCAAGUUUAACCAAUUGGCACCUAUGCCUGGAUUGUGAUUAUACCCUCUGGAAGGGACAACAUGGUCAGUGCCUUUUGUUUUGUUUACAUGAUCCAAUGCCAGCUUGACCCUGAAACCACCUGCUUUCUUUAAGAUAACAAUUUCUGCUGUAUCACUUUAAUGUUUUGAAAAUCCAUAUUAACAUCCUAAGGCAGCCAAUAGUUAGACAUGGCACAUUGAUCUUGACACCACAAAUGUUCUGGUUUCUUUAUGAAUAACCAAUAUUCUUGGGCCGAGCUAAUGAAUAAGCUUCAUUGUCGGUUAUGUCAUUGGUUUCCAGUGACGGAAUUGGCUGUCUUUUUUGCAAUGCUAUUGGCUUCCCGUAGUGUAGUUGGAUUUCUUUUCAACAGUACUGACGACUUUCGGCAAAGGGAUUGGCUUCCUUGUUGGCUUUGCUGCUCCCUUCCUGUAAAGUAGUAAUCUGUCUUGUUUUCAGUGCCUCUGGCUUCCCAUUAAGUGGUAGGCUGACUUGUUGGCAAUCUUACUGACUUAAAGUGGUAGACAAACUUGUUGGCAAUACUGGUGACUUCCAUUAAAGAAGUAGACUACCUUUGUUGGCAGUGCCGCUGGCUUCCAGUAAAGUGGUAUGCUGCCUUGUCGGCAAUGCUGCUGGCUUCCAGUAGAGUGGUAGUCUGCCUUGUCAGCAAUGCUGCUGGCUUCCAGUAAAGUGGUAGGCUGCCUUGUCGGCAAAGCUGCUGGCUUCCAGUAGAGUGG